AUGGCCUUCUCCGUCGGCGGCCCGCUGCUGAGCCUCCUGGCGCAGCUGUGCUGGCUCGGCUCCAUGAUCAAGGAGGUGAACGCCGCCUACAGCUUCGCGCGCUCGGUCAUGCAGAUCCCGCGCAGCGACCGCACGGAGGUGAUCACGGCCGACAGCACGAGCGACGGCCUGGACGCGAUCGACUCGCUUCACAAGGCGCCGAGCCGGGCCGCGAGGCUCGGGCUCCCGACGGGCUCCCUCGUGGCGCUCACCGUGGUCACGCGCCUGACGGCGGUGAGCAGAGGCCGGCUCGCAUGGGCGGUCUUCGGGAUCGCGGUGCCCAGGGUGCUGCUGGCGAUGUCCGUGGGCUUUGUCGGCACGCUCUUCCUCGCCACCUCUUCGGCGAUGUCGGAGCUGGUCCUCAACGCCAUCGCGCUGGCCUUCAUCAUCGAGCUGGACGAGAUGCUGUACGCCGUGUUCGCGCCGCGGCGGCUGCACACGCUGAUGAACAACAUCGAGCCCCUGCCGAUGCCCCCGCUCCACAGGUGCGUCCCAGGCCUGAACUGCUUCCUGAAGAUGCUCUUCGUGGCGGCGAGCGUCCUGCUGGUGAAGCUGCUGCUGCUGGACCCGGUGUUCUGGCGGCUGACGCAGGCGCAGAACAUCCUCUGCUCGGGUGAGCUGGACUUCGUGUACUCCGCGAACGCGGCCUCGGGCAUGGUGCACGUGACGAAGACUGCAGGCCCGCAAGAGUGGUCCCUAACGGAGAAGACGAUUCUGCAGGCGGCGCGGCCGAUAUUGGAGCGAAAGCACGGGUGGGAAAUUGACCAGGAGUUGUUGGACUUGGCGACUUCUGAUUUCAGCAUGUCCGUGGUAACCCAGACUGGGAUGAAUCCUGCGACAGGAGGAGUCACCCUCGCCGAGUCGGAGCACGAGCCGCCUUACUUCAACAUUCUGAGUUUCAUGGGCAAGUGGGACGUCUCCCAGGCGGCCCCGUUCAUGCCGUGCUCCGACAAGGAAGCGGGCAAUUCGUACGCUCAGGUGGACUGGUUCCUGGAGCAGGUCACGGGCAUCCCUGGCUUCACCUGCAGCUCCAUCUCCGCUGGAUAUAGCGAUGAUUGGAGGGUUCAGUACUUCGCGGGUGCGGAAGCGUGUUCUGCUCCGUCGCUGGUAAGCGUCCGGGCGCUGUGCCCCCAGGCGUGCGGCUGCCAUCUGGGCAAGGACGGGAUGACGGGAUUGUUCGGCUCGAUGGACUUCGGAUGCCCAAUUGCGUGCACCGAGUGGGAGGCCAUCAGCGACCAGUGGCAGUUUCAUCACUGGAAGUACGCCGACUAUGUUGCAUACUAUUACGUUUACUAUCCGGCGACGGCGACGCCGAGAACUCGUCCAACAAGUCCAGGGGUUCUCAGAAGGGGGUCUGCGCGGAUGCCCUGGACGUGGAGAUGUUGGGCGACCCGGAGCAGUCGCUCGCAUGCCUCACGGACUUCAGCCAGUGCCUGGAGUUGA